AUGUCGCUGAAUUAUUUGAGCCGCGAUUCCUACCGGGUGGGAUGGAUUUGUCCGUUGGAGGUGGAACAGAUUGCGGCAAUGGAGAUGCUAGACGAGGAGCACCAACCUCUUCCGCAACCAAGCGGGGACACAAACGUUUACAACCUCGGCAGCAUCAAUAACCAUAACGUUGUCAUCGCUGGUCUUCCUCAGGCGGGGAACUGUCUCGCCGCUACUGUCGUCACCCAAAUGAGAAUGACAUUCCCAAACCUCAAAUAUGUCCUGCUGGUUGGGAUUGGGGGUGGCGUGCCGAUAAAGACCGAGUGUGGAAUGAUCCGUCUAGGGCAUGUGGUCGUUAGUGACCCGACUGGUGUACACUCUGGAGCAGUACAGUACGAUCACGGAAAGGCGAAGGGGGGUCACUUUGAGCGCAAAGGUUUCCUCGCACCCCCGCCAACAGCCCUUCUUAACGCUGCGCGAGAAGUGGCUGUCCGACGCCAACGGAUGGGUUAUGAUCCAAUUUGGAAGAAUCUGGAGCGAAUCCAAACCAGCAGUCGAUCACUUCGUCGCUUUAAGUUCCCUGGAGCCGCGGAUGACCAUCUCUACCCUUCAGACUAUACACAUAAGCAGCAAGGGAUAUCAUGUGAAGAUGGUGGAUGUGACCCGAGGCAGCGUAUCAAGCGGCCAACGGAUAAGGAAGAUGACUCCUUUAUUGUUAUCCACCGAGGAACAAUAGCAUCGGGGGAGUUAGUGAUAAAGGAUGCUGGGUUAAGAGAUGAUCUGGCGCAGGCGCACGGGGUGCUAUGCUUCGAAAUGGAGGCAGCAGGAGCCCUGACCGAUUUCCCUUGUAUGGUGAUUCGAGGUAUCUCCGACUAUUGCGACUCGCAUAAGAACGACCAGUGGCAUGGUUACGCUGCAGCGGUGGCAGCCGCUUAUGCACGGCAGUUGUUUUUCCACAUGGCCAUUGAAGAGGUGCAACGAAAUCCGAAUUCAACACCUACUACCUUUGAGCUCCCGCUUGAUUUGUCCGAGAUAUCCGAAGUGACACGGUUCGUCGCACGGGAAGAUUCGCUCAAGAGAAUGCAAGAGAUCCUCGACACAACUGUUGGACGCCGUACUGCUAUCGUGCAUGGGCUAGGUGGUAUUGGCAAAACGCAGCUAGCCAUCGCCUAUAUGAAACAAAAUCGGUCUCAUUAUUCGGCGACAAUAUGGCUAAAUGCAAGAGAUGAAACAGCGUUAAAGCAAAGCUUUGCUCGCAUGGCUGAGUGGAUUGUACGCCACCACCCGUCUGCUACAUACAUUGCAGUUGCUUUGGGGGGCCGAGACCUAGAUGAGACAGUGAAAGCGGUCAAACGAUGGUUAGACGAGCCGACGAACGAUCGCUGGUUGCUCGUCUAUGAUAACUAUGAUAAUCCCUUAUUAGGCAACCAUACGGGGAAGGGCCUAAGCUCUGCUUCCUUUGUUGGGGCAGAUACCAACGGCGAUGACUACGAAGACCUUACAAAGGCCUUUAAUCUUCAGAAGUUCCUCCCCGAGACCGAUCAUGGUGCCAUUAUUGUGACCACGCGGUCCUCUAUGGUAAAGCUAGGCCAGAGACUGCACUUACGCAAGCUAGAGGAUAUCAAUGAUAGCCUCGACGUCCUGGCUUCUGUCUCUGGCCGUGAGGAUCUAAGACAAGACCCCGCAGCCACUAAUCUUGCAAGGCAGCUCGAUGGACUUCCUCUCGCCCUCGCGACAGCGGGCGCAUAUUUAGAGCAGGUGUCAAUAAGCUGCACUGAGUACCUUCAGCUGUACCGAGAAUCAUGGCAGCGAUUACAUGAAGAUACGCCACAGCUGGGGGCAUACGAUCAAACGCUAUACUCAGCUUGGAAUCUCUCGUAUCGAUACAUUCAGCAGCAGAGCCCAAUUGCGGCAAUGCUUCUCCGACAAUGGGCCUAUUUCGCUAAUGAAGACCUAUGGUACGAGCUGCUAGAAGAUAGCGGCCUGGAGAAGCCAGAAUGGCUGAGCGCACUGACAGAGAGCAAGCUCACAUUUCAUGCAAGCUUAAGACUUUUGUGCAGCCACGGGCUCGUUGAAGCUGAUCCGACUACCACACUACAGCGUGUGGAGUCACAAGGGUAUAGCGUACACGGCUGCGUUCAUUCGUGGAUGAUUCAUGUGCUAAAUCAGGGGCUUGAUAAUAGCCUGGCCUGGAUGGCAGUCAAAUGUGUAGCGACGCAUGUCCCUGGGGAAGACGAGCCCGCAUUCUGGCUUAUACAACGGCGGCUGAUUGCACAUGCAGAUAGAUGUCUGGAGAUAAUAAGAAAUCUAAAAGUGGAAGAUAAGGACGUGGGAGUUCUGCAUUAUUUAGGUCGGCUCUACGCGGAUCAAGACCGGCUCCAAGAGGCAGAGGCGAUGUACGAACGAGCAUUAGAAGGCAAGGAGAAGGCGUGGGGACGAGAACACACGUCGACGCUUGAUACCGUCAAUAACCUCGGCGGCCUCUACGCGGAUCAAGGCCGGCUCCAAGAGGCAGAGACGAUGUACGAACGAGCAUUAGAAGGCAAGGAGAAGGCGUGGGGACGAGAACACACGUCGACGCUUGAUACCGUCAAUAACCUCGGUAACCUCUACGCGAAUCAUGGCCGGCUCCAAGAGGCAGAGGCGAUGUACGAACGAGCACUAGAAGGCUACGAGAAGGCGUGGGGACGAGAACACACAUCGACGCUUGAUACCGUCAAUAACCUCGGCAUCCUCUACGCGGAUCAAGGCCGGCUCCAAGAGGCAGAGGCGAUGUACGAACGAGCACUAGAAGGCUACGAGAAGGCGUGGGGACGAGAACACACGUCGACGCUUGAUACCGUCCAUAACCUCGGUAACCUCUACGUGAAUCAAGGCCGGCUCCAAGAGGCAGAGGCGAUGUACGAACGAGCAUUAGAAGGCAAGGAGAAGGCGUGGGGACGAGAACAUACGUCGACGCUUGAUACCGUCCAUAGCCUCGGCAUCCUCUACGUGAAUCAAGGCCGGCUCCAAGAGGCAGAGGCGAUGUACGAACGAGCAUUAGAAGGCAAGGAGAAGGCGUGGGGACGAGAACAUACGUCGACGCUUGAUACCGUCCAUAGCCUCGGCAUUCUCUACGCGGAUCAAGGCCGGCUCCAAGAGGCAGAGGCGAUGUACGAACGAGCAUUAGAAGGCAAGGAGAAGGCGUGGGGACGAGAACAUACGUCGACGCUCGAUAUCGUCAAUAACCUCGGCAUCCUCUACGCGAAUCAAGGCCGGCUCCAAGAGGCAGAGACGAUGUACGAACGAGCAUUAGAAGGCAAGGAGAAGACGUGGGGACGAGAACAUACGUCGACACUUGAUACCGUCAAUAACCUCGGCAUCCUCUACGCGGAUCAAGGCCGGCUCCAAGAGGCAGAGGCGAUGUACGAACGAGCAUUAGAAGGCAAGGAGAAGGCGUGGGGACGAGAACAUACGUCGACGCUUGAUACCGUCAAUAACCUCGGCAUCCUCUACGCGAAUCAAGGCCGGCUCCAAGAGGCAGAGACGAUGUACGAACGAGCAUUAGAAGGCAAGGAGAAGGCGUGGGGACGAGAACACACGUCGACGCUUGAUACCGUCAAUAACCUCGGUAACCUCUACGCGAAUCAUGGCCGGCUCCAAGAGGCAGAGGCGAUGUACGGGCGAGCAUUAGAAGGCUACGAGAAGGCUUUUGGCGCGACCUCACCUUUCACAUACACCCCUGCCUUGAGAAUCUUUAGGAAUUUUGGCCGUUCAUGUGAGAAAAACGGGAAAGUCGACACCGCUCUGCUACAUUAUCAGCGGGGGCUGGUAGGCACUGAGGCUGUUUGGGGCCAGGAUAGCGAACAGUAUACCUGGUUUUCAAACAGAAUAACCUCUCUGCAGCGUGACACGUCUGAGGUUUCUGACAGAGAAGAGUCAGUUCAAAAGAAAACAAAGAAGCAGGGGACAAGAUGGAAGAAAGUGAGAGCGAAGCUCUCCGGUAAAUACAAGUCUAAUUAA